AACACUCGCGGAUUCUCUUUCGGACGUCGAAGAAUUGAGCAUCCACCUGAUGGCGGACUACGGGAGAGAUCCUCGGCGGCAGCUGCAGCAUCAGGAGCCGGCGGGGUCACACGUGGUCCUGAAGGCGGUGACGGCGGCGGCAGCAGGAGGCUCGAUGCUGGUCCUGGCGGGCCUGACUCUGGCGGGCACGAUAAUCGCCCUCACGGUCGCCACGCCGCUGCUGGUCAUCUUCAGCCCGGUUCUGGUGCCCGCGGUCGUCGCCGUGUCCCUCCUGUCGGCGGGGUUCCUGACCUCCGGCGGCCUGGGGGUGGCGGCGCUGUCAGUGCUGUCGUGGAUGUACAAGUACGUGACGGGGAAGCACCCGCCGGGGGCGGACCAGCUGGAGCAGGCCCGGCAGAGGCUGGCGGCGAAGGCCCGCGACAUCAAGGACUCGGCCCAGCACCGCAUCGAGCAGGCCACCAGUUAAAACCCGCAGCGACGCAGGCCGCGGGGUCCACGUCUGUCUGUGCGUUCAAAAUGUGGUCGAGCGUGCCCGGUCCAAGGGUGUGCUACGUAAUGGACCGGUUUAAUUUUAUGUGGAGUUAUGUGGCUAGCUAGUUUGCAAUAAAUAAAAAUAAAGAACUUUUAAAAGACCA